CGGCGCGCGCGUCCCGGGGCUUCCUCGCCGUGCUGGGGAGCAGAUUCUUUAUUCUUAUGUGUAUUGACCAAAGUUCAAUGAGAAGAACUGUGCCAAGCUAGGAGAAUUUGCUUCAAGAAAUGGAAUUAUCUCAUAGCUUAUUGCUGAAUGAAGAAGCGUGCAAUCAACUAGGUGAUGUUCAGAAGGCUGAGUUUAUUUUUGAGUGGUUGAGAUACUUGGAGAAGCUCUUGCUAGCAACCAGCAGGAAUGAUGUAAGGGAGAAACAGAAGACUCUUGUUGAACAGCUCCUAUCUUUGUUGAACAGCUCCCCAGGACCUCCUACUCGUAAACUCCUUGCUAAGAAUCUAGCCAUAAUUUAUAGUAUUGGAGACACAUUCUCUGUUUAUGAGACAAUCGAUAAAUGUAAUGAUCUUAUUCGUAGCAAAGAUGAUUCUCCAAGUUACCUUCCCACCAAACUUGCUGCUGUUGUGUGUUUGGGUUCCUUGUACAAGAAGUUGGGUAGAAUACUAGGUAACACCUUUGCUGAUACAGUGGGGAAUAUUCUUAAGGCUAUGAAGAGUGCAGAGUCUCAAGGUCGAUAUGAAAUUAUGCUGAGUCUGCAAAAUAUCUUGAAUGGGCUAGGAGCUGCUGCUACACCUUGCCAUAGAGAUGUUUACAAGGCUGCUAGAUCCUGCCUCACAGAUAGAUCCAUGGCAGUUCGAUGUGCUGCUGCAAAGUGUCUUCUUGAACUUCAGAAUGAGGCCAUCUUCAUGUGGAGCACAGACCUGGACAGUGUGACUACACUAUGUUUUAAGUCUUUUGAAGGUUCUAAUUACGAUGUACGGAUUGCAGUUUCAAAACUGUUGGGCACAAUAUUAGCUAAAGCUAUCAUUUCUAAACCUUCAACCUCAGCCUCCCGUCAAAGUAUCCGCAGAAUAUCUCUGGAAGAAGUUCUGGAAUUACUAGGAACAGGAUUUCUACGUGGCAGUUCAGGAUUUCUUCGAGCCAGUGGUGAUAUGCUGAAAGGAACCAGUUCUGUCAGCAGAGAUGUUCGAGUUGGAGUUACUCAGGCAUAUGUGGUAUUUAUCUCAACAUUAGGAGGAGUGUGGCUAGAGAAAAAUUUUGCUGUCUUUCUUUCUCACCUCCUGAGCCUUGUGUCACAGUUACAUCCGAAAGCCACCCAAACACAGGUUGAUGCCGUCUGCUGUCGACGAUGUGUUUCCUUUAUUCUUCGAGCUACUAUAGGAGGCCUUCUUGGAGAAAAGGCUCAAAUUGCUGCUGCAAAGGAGAUCUGCCAGGCUAUAUGGAAGCUAAAAAAAGUUGCAGAUGCUGUAUUAAGUGAUGGUAAUUUGGAAACCCGGCUCAGUUCCACAGAUGUAGCUGCCAACCAGCAUAUGCUGGUAUGUGCUUUACAAGAACUUGGAAAUCUCAUAUACAAUCUUGGUACCACAGCCGCACCUUUGUUUCAGGAUUCUUGCACAGGCCUUCUUGACAAUGUCAUUUCAGUAAUUCCUCACCCUAGUAAUUGUGUUCGACUAGCAGCAGCUUGGUGUUUGCACUGCAUUGCUGUGGCAUUACCUUCAUACCUGACACCUCUAUUAGAUCGUUGCCUUGAAAGACUUACUGUCCUUAAGUCUUCACCUGAAGCAGUGACUGGCUUUAGUUUUGCUGUGGCGGCUUUGCUGGGAGCAGUGAAACAUUGUCCUUUAGGAAUUCCUCAUGGAAAGGGCAAGAUUAUUAUGACAUUGGCAGAGGAUUUGCUAUGUUCUGCUGCUCAAAAUAGUCGCCUGUCAGCUCAACGUACACAAGCUGGAUGGUUGUUGAUUGCUGCUCUGAUGACAUUAGGUCCUGCGGUUGUCACUCACCACCUUGCUCGAGUUCUACUGUUGUGGAAGUGUGUCUUUCCAGCAUCUCCUAAAGAUCUAGAAACAGAAAAGAACCGAGGAGAUUCGUUUACGUGGCAAGUGACCCUGGAAGGACGAGCUGGUGCUCUCUCUGCUAUCAAGAGUUUUGUUUCCCACUGUGGUGAUCUCCUCACUGGGGAAGUAAUUCAGCAUCUCCUUCUACCACUUCCUUGUGCUGUGGAUUUGCUAACUCAGCUUUCUUCAAUACUAAAAACAUAUGGAAGUCCAUUGAAAACACCAUCAAUAGUUUAUAGACAAAGACUUUAUGAACUACUGAUUUUAUUACCUCCUGAAACCUAUCAAGGAAACUUUUGUGCUAUCCUCAAAGAGCUGACUGCUGACCUAACUGCCCCUGAUAUCCAGGUGGCCGCCUCUUCCUGUUUACUUCCACCCCUUUGUCAUCAGGAUGAUCUUUUGAUAUUAAGUCCUUUGCUACAAGAGACUGACCAUAAAUUCAUUGAAGAACAGCUCCUGCUUGGUAAUGGUGUUGCUUGUGGAAGUCUUGAGUAUGACCCUUAUUCGAUUUAUGAGGAUAUAGAAGGAGAUUCUGUGCCUAAACCCCUACCUCCAACACUGUCAGUUAUUAGUUCUGCAUCCAAGCUCUUUGGGGUUGUCUGUGCUCAUGUGGAAGAUGCUCAGAGGCUUCUUAUAUUGGAACAGCUUUUGAACAGUAUAAAGCACACAAAAGGAGUUCGUCAGCAAGUAGUUCAGCUGCAUGUUGUUUCUUCCAUUUCUAAUUUCUUGAAGUACCUGGCUGGCUCCAAGGGAAGUUUAAGUCCAGAAGAAAUAAGAAGAGUUGUCUUAACAUUAAUAAUGGGAGCCCUAGAAAGUACCAACCCCCUUUUGAGAUGUACAGCUGCAGAAGCCUGGGCUAGAUUAGCCCAAGUGGUUGAUGAUGGAGUUUUUACUGCUGGGUUAGCUCAAGUUAGCUUUGAAAAAUUGAAGUCAGCAAGGGACGUGGUUACCAGAACAGGAUAUUCACUAGCCUUGGGAUCCUUGUAUAGGUAUUUAGGAGGAAUAAGUUCUUCUCAACAUUUGAAUUCUUGCAUUGGAAUCCUCUAUACUUUGUCUCAGGACAGCACCUCUCCUGAUGUGCAGACCUGGGCACUACAUUCUCUGUCAUUAAUCAUUGACUCUGCAGGUGCACUUUACUAUGUGCAUGUAGAACCCACCCUUUCGCUCAUUAUCCUGUUGUUGUUAAAUGUGCCUCCAACUCAUGCUGAAGUCCACCAAAGUCUAGGUCGCUGCUUGAAUGCCCUCAUUACCAUGUUAGGUCCAGAGCUACAAGGUAACAAUACUUCAGUUUCGAUGUUAAGGACUUCUUGUCUGUUGGGUUGUGCAGUGAUGCAGGAUAACCCAGGCUGUCUUGUUCAGGCUCAGGCCAUCUCUUGCCUUCAGCAGCUGCACAUGUUUGCUCCACGACACGUCAACUUGUCUAGCCUGGUUAACAGCCUCUGUGUGAAUCUUUGUAGUCCCUACUUGUUACUAAGAAGAGCCGUUCUGGCUUGUUUGCGUCAACUUGUACAAAGAGAAGCAGCUGAAGUUUCAGAACAUGCUGUUGUGCUUGCUAAGGAUAGCAGAGAAGAGUUGACUCCAGAUGCUAACAUCAAAGAAAUGGGCCUUGAAGGGGCAUUAUUGACUUUACUAGACAAAGAGACAGAUCAGAGAUUAUGUCAAGAUAUCAAAGAGACUUUAAAUCACAUGCUUACAUCCAUGGCAGUGGAAAAGCUCUCCUUUUGGCUAAAGCUUUGUAAAGAUGUACUUGCUGCAUCUGCAGAUUUUACAGGAGUAACUUGUGUGGAUGCAGUGCAAGAGGAAGAAGGAGACAGAGGUGAUGAUGCGUCAGUCCUGACCACCAGGAGCAAUGAAAAAUCACACCCUUUUACAAAUCCCCGAUGGGCCACUCGGGUCUUUGCUGCUGAAUGUGUCUGUAGGAUAAUUAAGCAGUGUGAGAAUGCAAACAGAGCACAUUUUGACAUUGCCUUAGCACAAGAAAUGAAAAAGAGAGACUCAAGAAAUGACUUUUUGGUGCUUCAUCUUGCUGACCUAAUUCGAAUGGCUUUUAUGGCUGCCACAGAUCACAGUGACCAGCUCCGUCUUUCUGGCCUUGAAACCCUAUUAGUUGUUAUUCGACAGUUUGCAGCUAUUCCAGAACCAGAGUUUCCGGGUCAUGUGAUUCUAGAACAGUAUCAAGCCAAUGUAGGAGCAGCACUUAGACCAGCCUUCACUUCAGAUACACCACCUGACGUCACUGCCAAAGCAUGUCAGGUUUGCAGUGCCUGGAUAGCAAGUGGAGUUGUAAGUGAUCUUAAUGAUCUCCGAAGAGUUCAUCAGUUGCUUGUUUCAUCAUUAACAAAAAUACAGGCUGGAAAAGAAGCUUUAAGUCACUUAUAUAAUGAAAGUGCUUCUACCAUGGAGAUCUUAGCUGUGCUGAAAGCCUGGGCAGAGGUGUACAUAAUUGCUGUUCAAAGACAUAAAAACCACAAACAAAUUUCAAAGCCUACCACCUGUUUAGAAGGACUUCUUGAGUUAGUCUAUACAGACCUUGGCACACUAAGCAAACUCUGGCUUGCUGCACUUCAGGAUUUUGCUCUCUUAACUUUGCCUUCAGAAUUUGCCUCCCAACUUCCUGAUGAAGGUGGUGCUUUCUACACAGCAGAGACUAGCGAAAAUGCAAAAUGGCAUUAUCACAACUCCUGGGCACUCAUCCUCCAUGCUGCAGCUUUGUGGCUGACAAGCACAGGUUUUGCUGUUGCUGCGCCAGAUGAAGGCACAGCUAAUCUCUCCAGGCCUGUAACACCAACCUCCAUGUGCCAAGACUCAUCAUCCAAGGCUACAGUGAAGUCCCCUGAGGAUGUCUACACUGAUAGGUUCCAUCUAAUUUUAGGCAUCAGUGUAGAAUUUCUGUGUUCAUUACGCUCGGAUGCAACCAUGGAAAGCAUUACUGCUUGUUUACAUGCAUUGCAGGCCCUUCUAGAUGUUCCUUGGCCGAGAUCUAAGAUUGGCAGUGAUCAGGACUUGGGUAUUGAGUUGCUGAAUGUUCUACACCGCGUAAUUUUGACCAGAGAAUCCCCUUCUAUUCAACUGGCUUCACUUGAAGUGGUAAGGCAGAUUAUCUGUGCAGCUCAAGAACAUGUGAAAGAAAAAAGACGAAGUGCAGAAGUUGAUGAUGGUGCUGCUGAAAAGGAAACCCUGCCAGAAUUUGGAGAGGGCAAGGACACGGGAGGACUUGUGCCUGGAAAGUCUUUGGUCUUUGCAACACUAGAACUGUGUGUGUGCAUUCUAGUUAGACAACUCCCAGAACUAAAUCCUGAAUUGACAGGUAGCUCAGGAGUAAAAGUUACAAAGCCACAGUUGCUGUCAGAAGAUGGAAGUAGAUUAGUUUCAGCUGCAUUGGUUAUCCUUUCGGAACUUCCCACGGUGUGCUCUCCUGAAGGAAGCAUAUCAAAUAGUAAUGUUUCCCCCAACCAUAUUAACUCUUCUCUGUUUCCUUCAGCUUAA